ACAAAAACUCUUACCCCGCCCCGACACUCUCUCACACAGACCGUGGGGGAGACCGCUUUCUGAGAACAGUUACGAUGUGAUGUGUGUAGGAAACCAAACAUCUUUUGAAGAGAAAACAACAUCGUUUCGCCUGACAGAGAAGUCAUGAAGCUCACGCGUGUUGUUGUGAUCUUGGCCCAGUUCGUGUGGCCCCUGUGGACAAGAGUCAUCCACCUCACGGAAAUGUACGGGAGCAUCCAGUCACCGAACUUUCCCGAGUCGUAUCCGAAAGAGACCGAUCUUCAGUGGAAUAUAACUGUGCCCGACGGAUAUCAAAUACGACUUUAUUUUAUGCACUUUGACAUAGAGCCCUCGUACCUAUGUGAGUACGACUACGUUAGGUUGUACUCGGAAAGCGAGGAGCUGGCUGUGUUUUGUGGUAGGAGGAACACAGACACAGAACAGGUGCCCGCUGAUGAUGUCAUCACGUCCCCCAGGAGCGUGCUCAGUGUGGCAUUCCGUUCAGACUUCUCCAAUGAGGAGCGCUACUUGGGGUUCGAAGCGCACUACAGUGCAGUUGAUGUUGAUGAGUGCAGAGACAGAAAUGAUGAAGAUCUCGUCUGUGAUCAUUUCUGUCACAACUACAUCGGUGGCUUCUACUGCUCCUGCCGCUAUGGAUACCUGCUUCAUUCUGAUAACAGGACAUGCAAAGUCGAGUGUAAUGAAAGCGUGUUUACGGAGCGGUCCGGAGAGAUCACCAGCGCAGAUUUCCCUAAACCGUACCCCAAAAGUUCAGAGUGCGUGUACCGCAUUGAGCUAGAGGAGGGCUUUCAAAUUGCUCUGGAGUUUGAUGACACCUUUGACAUCGAAAGCCACCCUGAGGUCACCUGCCCCUAUGACUCCAUCAAAAUUCAGGCUGGAGACAAGGAGUUUGGCCCGUUUUGUGGUGACCGAUCACCAGGAAAGAUCCUGACAGGAAAUAACACGGUCAACAUUCUGUUUCACAGUGACAACUCAGGGGAGAAUAUAGGCUGGAAAGUCACAUAUACCUCCACAGGUUCUGAAUGUCCUCCUCGUACAUCACCGCUUAAUGGUCAGCUAGAGCCUCUGCAGUCCAAUUACAUAUUCAAAGACCACAUUACAGUGACCUGUGACCCUGGAUACUCAAUCAGACAGGGUGAGAAAGAAUUUGAGCAUUAUCAGAUUGACUGCCAGAAAGAUGGAACAUGGAGCAGCGAAAUCCCACUGUGUGAAGUGGUCGACUGUGGUCCUGUAGAUUUAGUUUUGGGCUUUGUGUUUUUCGAGAACUCUGGAAACAGCACUCUGUUUGGAUCAAGAAUUAAGUACAGCUGUAAAGACUCUCCCCAGAUCAACAACACUUACAUCUGUCAUCAGAGCGGACUGUGGGUGAGUCAAGACAGGACAUCACUGCCCACCUGUUCACCAGGUGAUUAUGAAAGUAUCUCAAGUGCAAAUCCUGAACUUCAGCUUCCCACUCCACUAGCCAGCACUCCACUUGUAUGUGGCGAACAGGCACAGCUCUUCCCAGCACAUCAGAAGCGAAUUGUCGGUGGGAGAACAGCAUCUCCCGGACUCUUCCCCUGGCAGGUUCUUCUCUCAGUAGAAGAUGCUUCACGUGUGCCGGUGGAUCGCUGGUUUGGCAGCGGAGCCCUCCUCAACCCAUCCUGGGUACUCACGGCCGCCCACGUACUGCGUUCCCACCGCCGUGACCUUUCCGUCGUCCCCGUCGCUCCUGAACACAUCCGUGCCCACUUGGGCCUGACGGAUGUUCGGGAAAAGCACUCAGCCACCAAUCGUUCUGUAGAGAAGGUCAUCCUUCAUCCACAGUUCAACCCUCAAAAUUAUAAUAAUGACAUUGCUCUUGUGAAACUCAGCCAGGAGGUGGCACUGUCGGAGCUUGUGCGACCUGUUUGUCUUCCAGGGCCUGGCGCAAAAGGUAAUGCCGUGAUGCCUCUGCCCAACACACUGGGUGUGGUCGCCGGUUGGGGCAUCAACACAGCUAACGCUUCGGCAUCCACCAGCGGUCUGUCCUCGGAUUCGGUCUCAGAGCUGCUUCAGUACGUGAAACUCCCCGUUGUGCCGCAGGAUGAAUGUGAAGCUAGUUAUGCUUCACGCUCUGUUAACUAUAACAUCACCAGCAAUAUGUUCUGCGCAGGAUUUUAUGAAGGCGGUCAGGACACCUGUUUAGGGGACAGCGGGGGGGCCUUCGUGAUCCAGGACGCCCGCAGUGGAAGAUGGGUGGCACAAGGACUUGUUUCUUGGGGUGGCCCGGAGGAGUGUGGCAGUCAGAGGGUGUAUGGGGUGUACACACGGGUGGAAAACUACGUCCACUGGUUGCAUACUGAGAUGAACAUAGAUCGCUGGUGGUGAGGGAGUAGGAGGUACACUGGAGCUGGAAUGUUCUACCUUAAAGGGAUAGUUUGCCCAAAAAUGAAACUGUCAUCGUUUACUCGCCCUCUUGUCAUUUUCAAACUGUGGACUUUCUUUUUUUCUGUAGAACGCAAAAGAAGAUAUUUUGAAAAAUGGCGGUAACCGGUGGUACUCAUAAACUUGCAUUGGUUUUGUGGCUGUACAAGUCAAUGGUUGCGGCCAUUGUUCGCUUGCUAAUGUUCCAAUAUUUAGUGUUCUUCAGAAGAAAUAAAGUCAUACAGGUUUGAAAUGACAAGAGGGUGAGUAAAUGAUGACAGAAUUAUCACGUUUGGGUGAACUAUCACUUUAAUGUAUUUUUUUCUUAUUAGUCUCCUUUUUGUGCAAUGUUUUUGUAAUGGGCCUUUAGGCAUCUAGUGCUAAUUCCUCAAUUUGAUAAGACUCACACUUCUCAGGACUUUUCUUUAUUUUAUUUAAUCAUGUUUUUAUCUACAGUUUUACUCUAGACUCAGUAUUAGCACAAAGUCCACUAAUUCUCUGAUGGUAUAGAGGGUAUGAUUUGCGCAGGCCGACUGAAUCUACCAAUCAAACUUAUACAUUAUAUUCAAUGCAAGGCAAAGAGGUUUGUAUUCGCUUCACUUGCGUGUGCUUAUUAUCUUCUGUCAUCUAAAAAGUGGAUUAUCAUGAUUCGGUACUGGUUAAAAGGUUUAACCUAUAAUGACAGUGUUUUAUUCAAACGAUACUUAAUAAGCAACAAUCAUAUAGUGUAUAUUUCUGUUAUAUUCUAGUAACACAGGAUCACAGUAUAGAUCAUGUACUCCACUGAAAGACGUAGAUUUCUGUUACACUACAUAAAGGCUAUUAGCAAACUUUCAAGUUGUAAUAUUAUAAUAUGAAUCUCACAUUCUUAUUAUAAGCCAAAAAACAUGUUUUAUAUUGUAUUUGCACAUAUAUGAAUGUAUUUCUAAGAAAAUAAAUAUAUUUCAUUAAA